ACUAUAUUAAUGUGUUUUUAAGUUUUCUUUUUUAUAAGUUAUCUCCAAGUUGAAUACUCGAGAGUUAAAAUAUUUAUUUGGACCACAUUUAACUUUCUAAAACCGGUAUGUAAUGUCAUUCGACCUGUUACUAACACGCCACGCCCUUUCCAUUCCCACCACAUUACUUAUUCCUGCACCUCGUCUUAUUUAAAAAAGAAACACAUAAAUAAUACAUAGCAUUCUUGCAAACUUAGCGUUUGUGUUGCUAAUAUUUUUUAAGCAAGUUAGUGAAAAUACUAUAUAAACAUCGACCAAGAAGAAACAAGAAAUCUCGCAAUGCACUAGCGAAUUUAGCUGUCCAUCUCAGGUCAUCUUUCUUCUGAAGUCUUAAAUGAUAAUGUGAUAUUUGUAGCCAACACCUCUGCGCAAUGCCACAUCUCGGCUAUCUCGCUGCACCUCUUUGUUGAUAACAACCAAAACAAGUUAUCUCACAAAAGAGCAAGAAUUAUGGAACUGGGAUUGAUCAAAAUUGCUGAGGAUAGUGAUUUCCAACACUUCAGGCGGAUCAUUGACAACCACGAUGAUUGGGAGCUCAAUUACGCUCGUGAUGACACAAAGGUUUGGACCAAGUGUGUACCUGGCAUUGAUUUUAAAAUGGUCAAGCUGGUGACAGUUUUUGAUGACGUUUCCCCUAACGUGAUGUACGACGUGCUGCACGAUCCUGAGUACAGGAGAGUUUGGGACAAGCACAUGAUUGAGGCUCACGACAUUGGUUACCUGAAUCCCAACAAUGACAUUGGCUACUACGCAAUGUCCUGUCCUGUUCCUUUGAAAAACAGGGACUUCGUCUUGCAGAGAUCUUGGCUGGACAUGGGCACAGAGCAGAUAAUCAUGAACCAUUCUGUCAAUCACAAGGACUACAGCGAAAAACCCAACUAUGUCCGUGGCAUAUCUUAUAUUACUGGCUACUUAAUUAGGCCCAAAGGCAACUCUGGUUGUUUUGUUGGCUACGCCUCUCAAACAGACCCCAAGGGAACUCUGCCUUCGUGGAUGGUGAACAAAGUGACCACAAUUUUCGCGCCAAAGGUACUCAAAGUGUUGCAGAAAGCGUCACAAGGAUACCCUACCUGGAAGGCAAACAACAAUCCCGCCUUCAAGCCGUGGUUUUUUCCUGAACAAAUUACAGUUCCACGGAUCACGGCCGAGGAUUGCGGUGCAGUGGUAAGAAAGGCAGCAGCAACUGCACUCGAACCGGUGCCUAAAUCCAUAAAUGAUCAGCAACAAAGUCUUUCAAAUCAAAAUAGCUCCAAAGACGCAGACUCGAGCAGCACUGAUGAGCCCAUGCCCUUUUCCUGUGUGCCUGGCAUUAGGUUUAGCUUUAAAUUUUUCACAAAGAGCCGCAGGAAAUCAAAAAAGUUGGAUGAGGCCGCCAAUGCUUGUAAACCGGCUAGUGACGCGAAGGGCAAGCAGAAAAAGGGCAAAUAACGAAUGCUGUUUCUGCGACAACGAUGCGGUAUAUUAUAUACUAUAUUAAAGUAAUAUUAGUAUUUACACAAGCUAUAAACACCUUAUAUACACGAUAAUUUACCAUUCAAAAAUAGGACUGUAGGGAAUCACGCUUGUAAUAUUUAUGAGCUUAAAAGUAAACACUGAAUUUAUAAAAAAAAACUAAUGCAGACUUCCAGCACUUUCUCUAGUCAUAAAUCUCACAAAAUAUAAAUAAUGCAUUUCCAAGUAUUUAGUAAUUUGCCAGGUUUAUUGAACGCGCAGGUUACAAAUGAGGUAAAAACUUAAGCUCAAUGAUUUAUGUGAAGGAUUGGUUUCCUCCUGAAUUUUCAGGCGGAAUCAAACCACUCUUUGAGUGAGAUAGUCAUGUCUUGUCAAGCUUAUCAUUUAUGUGGAUUAUGCUGCACUUUUUGCACAUAAUUUGAAUAUUUCAUAUUUCUUGCUGUCUUUAUAUUGUUUUGAGGCUGCCAUUCCAAGCCAUUUUUGGUAAUAUUAUAAAUAAUUUUAUGAACUGUACAAAUACUUAGAUCCAGCGAUCCCAUUACACUGUUGCUGACCUUUUAAAGUAGCUGCCUAACUGGCCAGUCAUGUAGCAAAAAUUUAUACAUGAAUUUUUACAUAACUAAUUAGAAAACAGACUGGAUAAGUAGGCAACUUCUUUGAAAGAGUCAUCAUCGACUUACUAUUUUAAGCGGGUGAAUAAAUUAAAUAAUUAAAGAAACUAUAGAGCAAAAUA